AUGGGGAACAGCAAAAGCGGAGCCCUGUCCAAGGAGAUCCUGGAGGAGCUGCAGCUGAACACCAAGUUCACGGAGGAGGAGCUGUGUGCCUGGUACCAGUCCUUCCUGAAGGAGUGCCCCAGCGGCCGCAUCACGCGGCAGCAGUUCCAGGGCAUCUACGCCAAGUUCUUCCCCGACUCUGACCCCAAGGCCUACGCUGAGCAUGUUUUCCGCAGCUUCGACACCAACAGCGAUGGCACCCUGGACUUCAAAGAGUACGUCACCGCCCUGCACAUGACCACAGCGGGCAAGCCCAGCCAGAAGCUGGAGUGGGCCUUCUCCCUCUACGACGUGGAUGGCAAUGGGGCCAUCAGCAAGAGCGAAGUGCUUGAGAUCAUCAUGGCGAUUUUCAAAAUGAUCAGUCCCGAGGACGUGGAGCACCUUCCAGAGGAUGAAAACACCCCGGAGAAGCGAGCGGAGAAGAUCUGGGGCUUUUUCGGAAAGAAAGACGAUGAUAAACUGACAGAGGAAGAGUUCAUCGAGAGGACCCUGGCCAAUAAAGAAAUUCUGCGGCUGAUCCAAUUUGAGCCUCAAAAAGUGAAGGAGAGAUUCAAGGACAAGGAAAAGAAACCGUGA